CAGUAGUAGUAGCUGCAAGCAUCUUGAACUAUAGCAUUGCAGCUUGCUGUCUCCAUGAAUUACUAUUAUCAUGAGAGUAAUUUCAGAUGGCAAUAUUACACCCGCCUUGCUUGAAAUAAUGGGACCGUUGGGCUGCCAUGUCAGGAGCCAUUUGUGUUUUUCGAUUUAUCCAAGGGAUGAAUUAGGGAAAGAUCGAGAUUCUAGAUACUUGGAUUAAUAAGAGUAACUUCAAAGAGUCCCGCUAUCCUACCAGUGGUUCAGGCUCGAUUGUAGCUAUUGAAGUCACCUAACCCUCUUGGAGUACUGGGGAUGAAGAUGACUUUUGAGCAACCAAUGACAUGAUUUCUGCAAAUUCUAAACCUCAAAAUCUGAAAACCUCCAUUGGCCGGGUUCUUCCAAAAAAAACAUUCCACCUACCCUACCAGUGGUCAGUUGACAAGAUGACCUUCAAACAACCAGUCUCAAACCCCUAAACGCUAAAUUCUAAGUCUCAAAAUCACAAAAACAUUCCACCUACCCUAUCGGUUGGGUUCCGUAGGGGUGUGGUGGCCUUGAGUAAGCAAUCAGUGAGAAGAUGCCUUAGAACCCCAAACCCCGCAAUCCCGCAACCCUAAACCCCACAAUCGCCCGAACCCCACAAUCCCCAAACCCUAAACCCCACGAACCCCCAAACCCCACAAUCCCCAAACCCCAAGUUAGGGUUGACGUAGGUGGUGAGGUUGGGAUCGGUAGUAGGUGGGAACAGCAUUGAGUGCGAAGCAAUUCUUAUCAUUCAGAAGCAUCAAAAAAACUGGCCGUUCGCCCUUUACAGCCUGUUCUCCACCGCCUUCUUCUGUCCGAUGAUUAUAUGAGACAUAGGAGGAGCGAGCAGCUGAUCGCAAGUCGAUAAGUCAUAGCCAUGGCUUCUUUGAGAACCAACCUCCUACUACUACUAUCCUUCGCGGCGGCAGCAGCGGCGGCGCCGGAGACGGCGACGUCGAUGAGAUUCUACAUGCACGACACGGUGAGCGGGGCGAGCCCCAGCGCGGUGCGGGUGGUGCGGGGGCCAAACUCCACCGGCUUCAGCUUCGGCGACGUCUUCGUGGUGGACGACCCGCUGACGGAGGGGCCCGCCGCCGACUCCCGGGCGGUCGGCCGGGCGCAGGGGUUCUACGCCUUCGUAUCGCGGCGGGCCGACGCGCCGGCGCUGCUGCUGAGCCUCAACCUGGUGUUCGCCAACGCGAGCACGGUGGAGGUGGUGGGCCACGACCCCCUCUCGGCGCCGGUGCGGGAGCUGCCGGUGGUGGGCGGCUCCGGCGCCUUCCGCCUCGCCCUCGGCUACGUGCUCGCGAGGACGCACAAGCUCGACAUCAGCACCGGCGACGCUGUGUUGGAGUGGGAGUUGCACCUCGCCGGGAGCAAUUCCACGCAGGGAGACCUGACCGCCGCCACAGCCCCCUCCCCGAAUGGAUCAUCAUCAUCAUCUUCCUCAGCUUCUUACACCGUUCACCUUCCUUUAUUGUUCAUCUUCAUCGUCCAUGUUUUGACGAGCAAAAUGGAAGAGGGAAACUGAUAAUUUUGUGAACGUGAUAUUAUCUUCUCUUGUUUAUAAAUCUCAACAUGAUUUUCCAAUUAUUGUAUAAUAAUAAUAAUAAUAAUAAAUAAAUUGAAA